CUACUUUCCAAACCAAGUAAGAUGGUCGCUAAAAUCGUAUAAUAAAACAAUCCUAGAAUGUCAUUAUACAGUUAAUAAUGUACAAACGAAAUGUCGUUUAAUCCCACACUUUCUCGGGGAAUACUGAGAAGAUCUGAAGGAAGAAGGCGCCAUCCUUAUGACUUCUUUUCGGAAAAUCACAACAUUCUAUACAACGCUUUCAACAAGAUACAACUUUUCACCGUCAUCAAAAGGUUGCAGGCACUCCGAAAUUGCCUUGCUGACGAGUUCUACUAUCGAACCCUUCUGACCAAGUACUUGCGGUGGUGGAAACUUAGAACACAGUGCCAUAUUCAGCUUCGCAAAAUUUGCACAUCCGUGAAAUAUAUCGAUUUUUACGGCUUCAAUUGCUUUUACAGCUACCUUCAAGAACACAAACUACAGGAAAUUUUCGACUCAGAUUUUCUGUACGCAAUUUUCUCUUUACAUUUUCAACGUCGUAAACUCCUCAGGAAGUUUUUAAUUAAAUGGAAAAAUAAUACAAAGAAAAAAAUUUACUAAAAUUUUAAAUUUCAAGAUAAAAAUUUUAAUAUUUACAGAAACAUGAGCUUAAAAUAAAUGUUAGAAUUUA